AUGGUAGACGCACAAGCAUGGUUUAAAGAAAAAUAUGAAAAUGAAACAAACAGUAAAGCAAUAGUAAUUAAAGCAGGAACAGAAUUACAAGGAGAGUUAAAAAUUGAAAACUAUCUCAAUUUAGAGAUAAUAUCUUUACCUUCUACUAAAGGAAUAACUAAAUUGACUAUUAUUAGUUGCCCUGAAAUAAAAGUGAUUUCUGUUUGGGGGAAUGAGAUUAAGAAAAUUGAGGGAAUUGAGUUACUGACUAAGUUAGAAGAAUUAAAUAUUAGUGAAAACCAAAUAGAAGAGAUUGAUGUUAGUAAUAAUAAUACUUUAAAAGUUCUUUAUUUUCGCAAAAAUCCAAAUUUUAAGUUUACAGAAUUAAGUAAAGGCGAGUGGGAAGAAGUGGCUAAACAAUUAAAUCUAGAUACUACGACCAGUCAAAAUGUUAAGAAACUUGUUGAGGAUGAGAUAGUCAAAAUUAAUUCUAACAAGAAAAAACUUACUGAUCCAAAUACUGGUAAGAAAUAUCAGGAUUUAGUAGAUAAAAAAGAGAAUGGUCCAGUUAAAAGUUCGGAUGGAAAGGAAAUUGAUCAAGCGGCACUAACUAAUUUAAUCAAGUUAUUAAACGAAGCAGGAAUAAAUCCUACUGAUCCAAAUGCGGAACAACAUGCUAAAGAAUUAAAAAAUACUCAUGAUGCAGUGCAAAAUUCAGAAUUAAGUGGUGAAAUAAUAAUUGAAGACUAUACUAAUACUAAGGAAAUUAUCCUUGUUCGUUUAGAAAAUCGUUCUUUGACAAAAGGAAAAAUAAGUAAGGUAACAAUUAACAAUUGUCAGGCAUUGGAAAGAGUUGUAUUAGGAAAAAAUGAGAUUACUGAGAUAAUUUUUCAAGGUAAUUUUCCUAAUUUAACCCACCUAGAAGUGCAAGAUAAUCAGUUAAGAAAAAUUGAUCUUAGCAAGAUACCUAAUCUAGAGAAUUUGAACAUUGCUCGUAAUCCUAUUAAUUCACAAGAACUCGAAAAAGCAGUAGAGGGUUUAACUAAAUUAAAGUUUGUUAACUUGUUAGAUACCACCGGACUUAAUUUAAAAAAUUUGGUAGAUGAAGCAGUUAAAACUGAAGCUGAUAAGUACAAAGGUUAUAUUAAUCCAAAUAAUCCGACUGACAAAGGUAAAUUAGAAAAUGCUGCUAAGAAUGCUGGAUUUAUUGACCCUAAGGAUGGCAACGCUUUGGAAAAAGCAGCCAAUGAUCAAGGUAAAUCUCCAUCCGACGUGAAAAAAGUUGUGGAUUCUAAGCCAGCAACCAGCGGUUCAGGAACAGGUGCUACUCUUACCUCUGAACAACAGCAGAAAUUAAAUAAUUACAGCAACUUAGAAAAGAAAAUAAAAUGA